CGGGGCUCACCGCCCAGCCCGGGCUCCAUCCCCGCCCCGUCCCCGCCUCCACCGAGGUCGGGGCGGCCCCGAGCCUUCCGCUUCCCGCUGCCACCGCCCCGCCAUGGAGGCCGGGCAGGGCCCCGGCGGCGGGGAGGUGGGGGAGCCCCACGAGAAUGUGGCACCUAAGCCUUACGUGCCGACGGAGGAGGAACGCAGGCUCCUCAAGGAGUGCGCUGACGAGAGCGCCCGGUACCGAGCUUUUCCUUUGGCUGCAGCGAGCAUGCUUGCUACUACUUUCUUAAUCAAAAAAGGUAUUCUAAGAGAGACCUCAAGAUUUGGCUCUUUUACUAAAGUUGCAUUUGCAGGAACGUGUGGAUACCUUGCUGGAAAGAUAUCCUACUUGCCAAUCUGUAGCGAGAAAUUUAAGAAACUGAAGGACUCCCCAAUAGGAGAUGUUCUACGACAAGCUCAGAGACAUAGUUCGCAUUCCCGUUCCAGCCGGAAAUCUGAAUUUUCAGAUACACCUUCUCAGUCGUUUACUGAACCUUCUUCUCCAAGAGCUGGAUUCCCACUUUCUUCUACAUAUUCAGAUGAUUAUAGCUCAACAGACAGAGGCCUCUCUAGCUACGAACCAGUUCCAUUCAGUGCUUCCCUGAAUGAAUCUUCGCCUACAGGAAUCACUGAUUAUGCUGUGCAAGAACCUGCUCCACUUCCAGAAGAAGGUCGUAAAAAAAAAACUGUCACAUAUGAAGAAUUAAGGAAUAAACACAGAGAAACGUACGAAGUAAUGGUACCACCAAAGGCAGAAACUCCAAUCAAGUUGCCACAGGAAAAACCAGCUAAGGAAGUUAAAGUAAAUAAAUAUGGAGAUACCUGGGAUGAGUAAGAACUGAAUGAAGAACUGAAGAAAAAUAUCUCCUGUCAGCCAACUUGAACUUCAUCUAUAUCAGUCAUGAAUACUGGCACCAUUGAUGUGUUCUGUCAGGCACAGUUACUAAUAAAUGAGGAAAUCUUGACUUGCCAAAAUAUUUAAAAAUAAGUAUUUAGGCUGAAGAUUCUUUUUUAUUUUGCAUAAAUGACAAGCCAGGGUAUUGUGAGGUGUCAUGAUUGUAAACCAUUAGUGCUAUUGUUCAAGAAUGAAAAAGCUAACUAGCAAUAACUAAUAUAAAUGUACAAGAAGGGGUGAAAUGUGUGUAAAUAAAAGCAAUUAUAUGUAUUGGGAAGGGAAAGAUAACACAAUCUUCCAAAACUUUGAAGAUUUGCAUUAAAAGUUACCUGUAGAAAUAACCUCUCACUUUUUGUCUGAAAGUAUGCUGGAAACCUCAGAAUGUUAUCAUACUUAGUAAUGGUUGGAAUAACACUGAAUUAUUAGGAGAAAAAGGGUAGAGGAAACUAGCCGAAUACAGGAGUAACCAUACAGAACAGGACUUUUCUUUUUCAAAGCUCUCUCUGGGUGGCAGUUGUGGUUUUAGACUGGUCUUCUGACUUGCCCACUCCGGGUCUCUUAGGACAGUCAAUGCAGAAUACAAUGAAUGAAACUGCAGAAAUUUAAUAUAGCUCUAAUUUAAGUGCAGGAGGCUAAACUGGACAAACUGUUAAAAGUUUGAUAUCUUGACUUAAUUUUUGUGCAUUGUCCUUCUUCUCCAUUUGUGCAUGCCAUGGCAAAAAACAAAACAAAACACUUGAGACUGUUCACAAAGAAAAGAUCCUGAUAAUGGAGUAUUGCACUGUUAUUACCUGUAAGAACUGAGCUACAUUGGCAAAACUACUGAAAAAUAUUUCCUAAUGUUUGCAUCCCCUGCUCUGUCUCAAAACACUAUUGUUUUUUUCUGUCCAUUAGAUACUCAUUUUCAGCUGUGCUGUUUAAUCUCACAGCAUUGUUUUUGUUUUGACUCAUAGGCUAUAGGUGAGCAUAAACCAUGAUGAAGUUAAUAGCAUAAAAAGCAUUGCUGGCAUUUUGUUGGAGAUGAAAAAUAGCCUACCAAGAAGAAAGUUCUUGACUGUAUUGAUUUAGUGGACUAGCAGCACAGAGCAGCAUGAACAGGAAGAUAAUUUUAGGUAGGUAAAGAACAAUCAGCUGAAAUGGGAGGGAGAAAAUGACUAAAAGAUGAGAGAAUGCUUUAAGAGACAAGUACUAUUUAUAAUCAUCAAAACAGGAAGAUUGCUAUCAGAUAAACAGAGAGAGAGAGAGGAUUGUGCUAAUCGGGUAAGCUUGAAGUUGUAUCAGAAAUUUAACUUAGAGAGAAUGCUUUUUUUGCCCGUGAUGACACCAUGAUGAGAACUUUGAAAAUACAGAAAGCUUGCUAGAGUUACGUUACUGUAUAUUUCUUAGUGCACCAUUUCAAAGCUGACUGGAUUUAUCAUGAAAAAAUAAAGUUUCCUGGUAGUGAGUUACCCAAGUAACAGGAGGCAGGAGAUUUAGCUGAUUAAAAUAGAGCAGAUUAGAAGAAAUGAUUUUUCUGUUAAAAGAAUGAAAAUUUUGGACAAAUAAAAAGUCCCCAAGCUGUUGAUACAAAAA